UAAUCUAGAGCUUCUCCCUCAGCCGCCACAAACUAGGGCUCCUGGAAAUCCUUGGCCACAGUGGCCUCGUAUCUUCCGUGUAGACUAUGGGCAUCAGGAAGCUGCUGCAAAGUUUGGUAAGGAUCCGAGAUCCUAUGAGGUAUUGACCAAGCGAUUCAUUGGCGAUGAGAAUGGAAAUGUGAAAGGGUUGGAGGUCAUACGUGUACAGUGGGAGAAAGAUGCUAGUGGAAGAUUCCAAUUCAAAGAAGUAGAAGGCUCUGAAGAAAUUAUCGGAGCUGAUCUGGUUAUGCUAGCUAUGGGGUUCCUUGGUCCUGAAUCGACAAUAGCAGACAAACUGGGACUAGAAAAGGACAACAGAUCUAACUUCAAGGCUGAUUAUGGACGCUUUUCUACAAGUGUGGAAGGGGUGUUUGCAGCAGGAGACUGUCGCAGGGGACAGUCUUUGGUGGUGUGGGCCAUCUCCGAAGGGCGGCAAGCAGCUGCUCAAGUUGACAAGUUUCUCAUGAAGGAUGACGAUGACGAUUUCACUGUUGAUGUGGCUAGCCAACAAGAAUUUGUCAAGAAGCAACAAGAUAGCAGCAAGCAGCAAACAGUCGUGACAUAAGACACUUACAAAAAGCAAAUGAAUAAACGACACUGGGGGGAGGCUGGUUUAGGUAUUUUCCUUCAAAUGAUAUCCAAAUCCAAGAAAAGCAGCACAAAGUAAAUCAAUAGCAGCUCAGCCUGAAUAUAAAAUAGGAUAGUUGAUAUUUUCUGAUUCUUGGGAGUUUGAGGGGUGGGGGUAGGGGGAUAGUAUUUUUUUGUUUUUUUGUUGCAUGUUGGGUGUCGAUAAAGUUUAUUAUUGCCGUGAUGGUUGUUUGGAGCAGGCUUUAGUGGAAAAAAUAACAUGUACAGUUCUCGUUUGUGCAAAUUUUCCUUUGAAAUUAAUAUUAUGGGGGAUUAUUUCUAGUUUUA